CGCAUCUCUCUCUCUCUCUCUCUCUCUCUCUCUCUCUCUCUCUCCCACCUGCCGCCCCCGAGGCUCGCGAAAUCACCUGCUCAUUCCUCCUCGUUGUAAUCAUCUUCCUCCCUCCCGCUGCUGCCUUCUCAAUCCCAUGAGCCAGGCUCCCGACCGGCAUCCUCGUCCCGCACCUGUCCAUUCUCCUCCCGCCGCCUUCUCGUCCCCACAGUCUCCCGCAAUCGCGUCGCAAGGCCUCUUCACCUGGCUGCGCCGCGGAACACCCAUCCAGGCUGCCUCCCCUCUGCUGGCGCCGGGAGUGCGGAUCCAUCCGGGCUCGGAUUGAUUGAUUUCUUCUGCUCCUCUCGCUGAACGCUCGUGCCCCUCCCUCUAGAUGCUCUGCCGCAUGGUUUCCGAUUCUCUUGACGGUAAAAUCUUCCAAGAAGAUUGCCUGUCGCAGGUUGACUCAUGCUCUGGUUCGCCCAUGGCUCGCAAAGAAGAUUCCCAGGACAAUUCACCGCAUAUAUUCUUCUUUCUCUAUUUCGCCUUGCUUCGCAGAGCAACUUUUAACAAGCAGCACAUAAUUUUUUGGCAGUUUACCGUGCAGUAUGUAGAGCAGCUUGCCCACAGAUUGCUCGCACUUGAACAGUCAAAGCACACAUUUUUAUCCUUCUGCGGCAAUGUUUGCACAGUUAGCUUUGUGGAUUUGCUUCCUUUUUUAGUAGUUCUAGGGAGAGUGAGCCCAAUCCCCCUGUUCCUUCUUCCUUGCAUGGUGGAUUCCUGUUCAGUCCACCCGGUGAGGCUCCCUCACGACAGCAUGUUUUCUGUGGUGUUAGGUUAUUAGGGGACCCUACUUAAAUAAUUCAGCAAACCAACCAUUAAUCUGCAUAUUUAUUUAUUUAUUUAUUGUAAAUCAUCCGUUUGAUUGUAUUGGUUUAAUAUUUCACAAAAGAAACAUAUCUAUCUGACUGAUGUCUAAAGACUUUGGUAGUGUGGUCAGUGGUAGGUUGUAUUGCUAGCCUGGGCACCGAAAGGGUAGUUGGUUAACUGCUGGCAAUUUCCCCAUACUUGAGACGAUUCAUUUACUGUUACAGUAAACCGUAAGCUUACAAAUCGCCACUGAUCAUGUUGCCUUUGUUGCUUUGUUUAUGUCUGUUUCUUUAAGAAACUGCUAUAUCGUUUGUAUUGUCAAACUGGCAUCAGGAAUCACCGUAGCAAGACUGCAAAGUCUACAUGUUUCCCUGGCAAUAUGUAUAUAGCGUUUAUAGUUUUUUCCCAUGUUGCAGUUAUUGUGUUAGUGGAAUCUCUAGUAAAAAUAAUUGAGCAAUAAUGCCUUACUUUCUUGGGAUUCUGAUGGUUUGAAUUAGUAAGCGUUGUAUCGGAAAGUAAAGGCUAACUAACAUAUUUCUGUCAAUGUUUGCACAGGUAGUCUGUAAAGUUGCCUUAUUUUUCAUAGUCGUUAGCUUUAGUAGGUGUACACUAUACAGCUUUUGUUUUUGUUCUGUCCCCCUUUUCCCCGUUGCCAUCCUACCUUGCAACGCUAUGCGGUUCCUUGGAAGAUUAGUGCAUUUUAGCCGUUCUUCUGUCGGCAAGAAAGUUCUGCAUCCUUCAAUAAUUUCUUACCAUUCUGGUGAUGAUGCUACCGCACUGCAGGCUCUUUGUUUCCAGCUCAGUGAUAAAGCCAAGAAUCUGCCAGUGCAAAUGACGAUCUGUAGCUGUGAAGAGACUGUCAAUGAAUUUGAGGCGUUAACACGUGAUGCUGGACGCGUGCAGCGGGAUACGCUGAAAAAUAUCCUCGAGUUGAAUGCUGAUGCUGAAUAUCUGAAGCACUUUGGUCUCAGAGGGAGGACCGAUGUAGAGAGCUACAAGUCCUGCAUCCCGUUGUGCGUGCACAGCGAUCUUGAGCCAUAUAUCCAAAGGAUUGUUGACGGUGAUAGCUCCCCAGUGCUCACUGGCAAUCCCAUCACCGCCCUCUCCCUCAGUUCUGGUACAACACAGGGAAGGCCCAAGUUCUUGCCAUUUAAUGGUGAAUUGGUUGAGACCACACUUCAAAUAGUCUGGACUUCUUACGCAUUUAGGAACCGUGAAUACCCUAUUGGCAAAGGAAAAGCCUUGCAGUUUAUUUACGGUAGCAGGCAAGUGGUAACAAAAGGCGGCAUCCUUGCUACAACUGCAACAACAAACUUGUACCGUAGCGAACGCUAUAAGGAAGGAAUGAAGUGUAUCCAGUCUCAGUGCUGCAGUCCUGAUGAAGUUAUCCUGGGCCCUGACUUCCACCAAUCCUUGUAUUGUCACUUACUCUGUGGGUUAAUAUGCUCGGACGAGGUGCAUCAUGUGUUCUCAACAUUUGCUCACAGCUUAGUCCAUGCAUUUCAAACAUUCGAGGAGGUUUGGGAAGAUCUAUGUGCUGACAUACGACGUGGUGUUCUCUCGAACAAAGUUACAGUGCCAUCAAUUCGUGAAGCUGUUUCGAAAAUCCUGAAGCCCAACCCUGAGCUUGCUGACUCGAUCUACAAGAAGUGUAUGGGUUUGAGCAAUUGGUAUGGAGUUAUCCCAGCACUUUGGCCAAAUGCAAAGUACGUCUACGGCAUUAUGACAGGAUCCAUGGAGCCGUAUCUAAAGAAAUUAAGACAUUAUGCUGCGCACUUACCACUGAUAAGUGCUGACUACGGUGCCUCUGAAGGAUGGGUUGGUGCUAACAUAAACCCCACAGUGCCACCUGAACAGGUGACAUACGCUGUUCUCCCACAUACUGGUUAUUUCGAGUUCAUUCCUUUGGAGAAACCCAAUGGGGAGGAGACAGAGAACAGUGCCUCCAUUCAUUACAUAGAAUCAGAGCCAGUUGGCCUGACUGAAGUCGAGGUUGGCAAAAUCUAUGAAAUUGUAAUAACUACCUUUGGAGGUCUAUACCGUUACAGGCUAGGAGAUGUUGUGCAGGUAGCCGGCUUCCACAACUCAACACCUGAGCUCCAGUUCAUCUGCCGCAGAAGCCUAGUCCUGAGCAUCAACAUCGACAAGAACACCGAGAAAGACCUCCAGCUGGCUGUUGAGGCGGCGGCGAAGCUCUUGGAAGGGGAGAAGCUCGAAAUUGUGGAUUUCACGAGCUUUGUGGAGAAGUCAAGUGAUCCGGGUCGCUAUGUCAUCUUCUGGGAGCUGAGCUCCGAUGCCAGCGACGAGGUUUUAAGCAGCUGCGCAAACUGCUUGGACCUAGCCUUCGCUGAUGCAGGCUACGUGGGUUCGAGGAAGAUCAAGACCAUUGGUCCCCUUGAGCUACGGAUUCUCCGGAAGGGAACCUUCAAAGAGAUCCUAUAUCACUUCCUGAGCCUUGGUGGCGCUGUGAGUCAGUUCAAGGCGCCUCGAUUCGUGAACCCUUCAAACAGCAAGGUCUUGCAGAUACUGAGCAGGAACACCACCAAUAGUUACUUCAGUACCGCCUAUGGGCUCUGAAAUAUAAAAAAAAUGCCGCUACUAGUUCAAUGUAAUUAUCUUUCUUUUUUCCCUGUUCAGUUUUAGUCUCCAGAUAAAGAAAACAGUCUGUUUUAGUCUCUUUUCGGUAAUGCUUUCUUUUAGUGCUGGUGCUGGCUAGAAUGUAGAAUCCUUGUAAAUCUCUAUAUGUAGCUGUAGUAAGAGGUAUCAGAAAAGAUAUGCUGUUGCUGCCUGUGCUCAGAUGUUGUGCGUAGCAAAUGCAUGCAUGCUCCAGAGUAAACACAGCCGAAAGAUUUCUGACUCUUAUC